CCGGUGACAGGAGGCGCUUGCUUGCAAAACCCGCCUCCCGCCCCCCAGCAGCAAAUAAAUAGAGGGCUCCCGGCGCUGGAGAAACCCGGAGAAGUUUCUAGGCGCGUGUCCCUGAGGUUUAUUAAGCCGCUGGCUCCCCUCUGGCCCUCGGCAGCUCUGGCUGGGAGCCUCGGCAGCCUGGGGGACGGCAGCUGGCUGGUCUCUGAGAAGCAGUGCAGAGAAGGACGGGCCCCCCGAGAGUCCGCUGCACGUGUUGGGGGGUCGCCUUCGGGGGCUGGGACCCCAGCCUGGUGAGCACCGCCAUUCUUGGCAGCGGAUGGUUCUGCUGUUCCCUGACGGAAGAUCAGCCCUUUCCAAGCCUGAAGGAUAAGCUCUGAAAGCCGCCUCACCUGCCUCGCCUCGCUGUGUGACCUUGGGUAGGUGGCUCCCUCUCUCUGAGCCUGUUUCCUCGGUUCCUCUCCGAGCUCAGCCCGUCGCCAUGGCUGAUGGUCAGAUGCCUUUCUCCUGCCACUACCCAAGCCGCCUGCGCCGAGACCCCUUCCGGGACUCGUCCCUCUCCUCCCGCCUGCUGGACGAUGGCUUUGGCAUGGACCCCUUCCCAGACGACUUGACGGCCUCGUGGCCCGACUGGGCUCUGCCUCGCCUCUCCUCUGCCUGGCCCGGGACCCUGAGGUCGGGCAUGGUGCCCCGAGGGCCCACUGCCGCGGCCAGGUUUGGGGUACCCGCCGAGGGCAGGGGCCCCCCACCCUUCCCGGGGGAGCCCUGGAAAGUGUGCGUCAAUGUGCACAGCUUCAAGCCGGAGGAGCUGACGGUGAAGACCAAGGACGGCUACGUGGAGGUGUCAGGCAAACACGAAGAGAAGCAGCAGGAAGGAGGCAUCGUCUCCAAGAACUUCACAAAGAAGAUCCAGCUUCCCGCGGAGGUGGAUCCUGUGACCGUAUUCGCCUCGCUGUCCCCGGAGGGUCUGCUGAUCAUCGAGGCUCCCCAGGUGCCCCCUUAUUCACCCUUUGGAGAGAGCAACUUCAGCAACGAGCUUCCCCAGGACAGCCCGGAAGUCACCUGCACCUGAGACCCCAGUCCCGGCCCAUCCUUUUCCCUCCCCAACCCCGGGGGGCUUCUCCGAUUCCAGGGUACCUUACUUUAGCUGAACUCAGAUUUAGUGCAACGAAAACGUGGGGGCUGGGGAGAGGGGAGAACGACCCCAGGGUCCCUGGACGGUGUAGUACUAGGUUUCUCCACAGGGUGGCGCAAUUGGCAGAUCCAGCUUGGUUGCGUGAGGCCAAACGUGCUGAGAGUUUUUCUUUGGUGACCUUAUUCUAUGUCGAUGAAAACGUCGUACAUUCUCUAAUUGCAAAAUGAGUAAAUGGGGACAUUUCCCAUUGCAUCUGACCUUGCAGCUAGUGCGAGGGUUGCCUUUUUCGGGGGACCUCCCCACCGCCCAGAUUCCGGCUCUGGGAUCCCGGCUUCCAUGCCUGCCUUGGGGUUUGGUUGGUGAAGCCCGCUGGCUCACCCCACUCCCUUUCCACACCCCUGGCCUGCAAAGGGUCCUACGCAGGUUUAGAUCCCCACCUACACAUAAAAACAGUGCCUUCUGCCCUCUGCCCAGACGUUUACAGCAUGCUCCCAAGGUCCCCAACUGACUGGGACCCCUCAGCUGAUUCUCUGGCUAAGGUCCACCCUUCUUGUGUCCCCUGUGUCCAAGCUGGGAUUUUUACAGAGGGGGCUGUCUCCAGACAGCUCCUCCGGGAACCAAGCAUAGGCCAGGCAGCCUGGAAGGCAGGCUAUGGUGUCAUGUAUGUGGGGGAAUGUGUGUGUCCUUGUUUGACUUGUGCUGUUUAGGGGGGAAAUAAUAAUAAAAAUUAAUAAUAACGACAAUAAAGGAGCUGAUGUUCUUA